AUGGAGAUCCAUUCUUUGUUGGUUUUGAUAUUCGGCAUUUUAGGUAAUGUUGUUUCUGUUGGAGUGUAUUUAUCUCCAUUGUUUACGUUUGUGGAGAUUUACAAAAAGAAAUCAACCAUGAGGUUUAAGGUAUUGCCGUAUGUGCUUGCUCUGUUCAGUGCAUCGGUAUGGUUGUUCUACGCUAUUUUGACGACUAGAGCAGUUCUCCUCCUUUCUAUCAAUAUAUUUGGAUGUGUCAUUGAGACCAUUUAUAUCACCAUCUUCAUAUACUACGCUAGGAGACAGAUUAAGAGAAAGACGAUCAAGCUAGUUCUUUGCUUGAAUGUGGGAGUAUUUACGGCUAUUCUUCUUUCUACCCUCUUUUUAGUGCCAUCCUCGUUCCGGGGCACGGUUGUUGGUUGGAUUUGCGUCUCCCUCUCCGUUUUGGUAUUUGCGGCUCCAUUGAGCAUUGCUUUUGAGGUGGUGAAGACCCGAAGCGUGGAGUUUAUGCCAUUCACAUUAUCCUUCUCUCUCACCAUCAGUGCCAUUGUUUGGUUUGUUUACGGAAUUUUACUAACCGAUCUGCUGGUCUCACUUCCAAAUGUGAUUGGGCUCCUCCUAGGAAUUGUUCAGAUGAUUUUGUAUGGCAUAUAUAGGAACAAAAAGACGAUAGUCGAGGAAGAGGACUUGACAGAAGUUGCUGUUGUUCAGAAUGCUGGGGACCAUGAACCUCAAGUAAUUCAAUCUGACACAGUGGAAGUGGAAGAAGAGAUGUCUGUUGUUAUAAGUACUGGAGCUCAGGAUGAGGUGGAUCAAGUGGAAGAAGAGAUGUCUGGGGCUCAGGAGAUAAUUGAUGAGGUGGAUCACGUGGAAGAAGAGAUGUCUGUUGUUAUAAUUAGUGGGGAUCAGGAGAUAGUUGAUGAGGUGGAUGAUUAA